AUGUCAACUGCCACUUCAAUUCUUCCGAGUUCUGGAGAACCCCCGCAGGCUGAUGUAAUUCAAAGAAGGGUAUUAGGCAGUCGUGUUUUUGUAUUGAAUCGACCGGAAGUUUAUAAUGCAUUGAACCUCAACAUGAUAAGGAGCAUGACACCACAAUUACAGGUGUGGAACGAAUCAGAUCUGUGUAAGGUUAUUAUCCUAAAAUCUACCGGAAGUAAAUCCUUUUGUGCUGGAGGUGACGUUAAACGCGUAUUGCAGCUGAAAGAAGCUGGUGAACAUGUUGAGGCUGUUAAAUUUUUCGAAGAAGAAUAUCAGCUUAAUCAUCUCAUCGCCACAUUAUACAAACCUUUCGUUUCAGUUUUAAAUGGCAUCACUAUGGGCGGUGGUGUCGGCCUUUCUGUUCACGCACCAUUUCGCAUUGCCACCGAGAACACUGUUUUUGCCAUGCCUGAAGCAAAAAUUGGGUUUUUUCCUGAUGUCGGGGGUUCAUUCUUUUUACCAAGGAUGGAUGGUGAGGUUGGAACCUAUUUGGCGCUGACUGGAUCACAAUUGUCGGGAAUGGAUGUUUUCUUUUCUGGGAUUGCCACACAUUAUGUUCCUUCUCAGCGAUUGCCACUCUUGGAAGUUCGAUUAAGCGAACUCGAAAGCGAUGAUCACGAAAUAAUCAAUUCUGCGAUUGAAGACUUUGUGGCAGAGUGUGAUGGGGAACAUAAAUAUUCCCUCGGCGGUGAAAUUAGGAAUAAAGAUACGAUUGAAGAGAUCAUUGAUGCUUUGAAAAAGGAAAAUACGAUUUGGGCCAAGGAAACGAUGGAAACUAUCAUCAAAAUGUCACCCACGAGUCUUAAAGUUACGUUAAUGGAACUACGGAAGGGAAAGAAAAUGGUUAUAACAGAUUGCUUUAAAAUGGAAUAUGAACUUGCACAGAAGUUCAUGGAGAAAUCGGAUUUCAAAACUGGAGUUACAGCGGUUUUGAUUAAGAAGACAUCUGAAAAGCCAGAUUGGAAUCCUUCAAACAUAGAAGAUGUGACCCUUAAAGAUGUUGAAAAUUUUUAUUUUUCCCAUUCGGGAUCUAAACUUAAGUUACUGAACAGCAUUUCUUUUGAGAACUACCCUUUUUCGAGAUUCAAUCUUCCAUCAGAAGAAGAAAUUUGUAAAGUGGUCACAGGUGAAACGCCUGAUGCUGGAUCUAUGAGCAUGUCUCAGCAAGAAGUUGUGGACUUCUUUUUGAAGGAUCGUAAAGGUAAGAUCGGAGUGCGAGAGAAGGUACUGGAAGUUUUGGAUAGGAAAACAACUGUAAAAGGUGAUCAAGAAGGUUUGACGUGGAUAGAAAAUACAGAUUAA